GAACCCUGGAUACGACAUUAUACUUUGCGUUGCCACAAUGUAUGGAAUAAAUCAGCGCUGCUUGUACAUCUCUUUUCACUUCUUCGUGGUGUGGUGUCAAGCACAGGGGGAGACGAAUCACCCUUCUCCUAAUUUUAAGCAGUAUGUGAGGGAACAGGGCUCACUGACGGACCAGCUGAGCCGGCGGCAGGUUCGCGUCUAUCAGCUGUACAGCAGAACCAGCGGCAGACACGUGCAGAUCCAGGGCAAGAGAGUGAGCGCCACCGCCGAGGACGAGAACACUUUCGCCAGACUUUAUGUGGAGACGGACACCUUCGGAAGUCGUGUUCGGAUCAAAGGAGCAGAAAGUGGCAGAUAUCUGUGCAUGAACCGCAGGGGGAAACUAGUGGGCAAGCCUAAUGGCAGAGGAAGGGACUGCAUCUUCUCAGAGAUCGUCCUGGAGAACAACUACACUGCUUUCCAGAACGCUAAAUAUGAGGGCUGGUACGUGGCCUUCAGCAGAAAGGGUCGGCCCAUCAAGGCUUCCAAAACCAGGGAGAACCAGCGGGAAGUUCACUUCAUCAAGCGCCUCUACAAAGGACCGCUCCCCUUCCCAAACUCAGACCAACCCAAACACUUUGAGUUCAUCAGCUUUCCACCGACACGACGGGCUAAACGCAACAGAAAACCCCACUCUGCUUCCUAA